GGAAUGUGGAGUGUGGGGUGUGGGAUAUGGGGUAUGGGGCAUGGUGUAGGGGGCUGCAAUAGGGAGAUAGAGAGCAGGACUCGGUGGGUCUCAGUGAGGGGUCUGAGCUCCAGAAGGACUGGGGUGGGAGCAGAGCCCACACGGGCCCCGCUGAGCCCCCCACCCCUUCUGUCGCUCCCAGCUGCCGAUGGCUCCCCCGGCACCGGUGACUCGCCCAGCUCUGAAGCCUUCGUGUCCCGCCGCGCCAGCGCCGAGGUGGUGCAGAGGCAGAAGCGGAAUCCUGGUUAUGCCAGUGGUGUUCCUGCAGCCCCCCCGGACCCGCUGGAGGCCAAGCGCGAGGUGUGCGAGCUCAGCCCCGACUGUGACGAGCUGGCAGACCAGAUUGGCUUCCAGGAGGCUUAUCGGCGUUACUAUGGGCUGGUGUAGCCCCAGGCACCCCCUCUGUGCUGUGGGGCAGGGACUGAGCUCCCCUAGACCCACAGCAGCCCCUCCUCUGCCCCCUCUCACCCCUUCUGUUAGUCCUGGAAAGAAAUAAAUGCAAGCGGUGGAGCCGGUUCCUUCCCAAGCUCGGGCUGUGGGUGGGUGGCAGGCUGCAGUGGACGUGCCCCAUGUCACCCCACACAGCUGGGAACUCCUGAUUUCCCUCCCUGUGCCCCCCCAGGCUCCGAGGAGGAGUGGUGCCACCACCCCCAGAUGCUGCUCCCAGCAGUGAGGAGCCCAGAGCUGCACCAUUGUUAUUCCAGUUUAAUUGAAAGCUGCUUCUCCCAAGUGUGGGAUUAUUGGGGAACAGCAGGGCUGCUCCAUGCACCCCGAGGCCCUGAGGCCUGGCCUCAAUAAUAAGAACUGGCAUUUGUUUAGAAAUGCAUG